AUCAACGGCAACCAGCCAGUCACUAGCACGCUCGGUCUGGUGGCGUACGGUUGCCCCCGUAGGUCUGUUAGCAAAAAGGUCGCUCGGCCGGGUUUCGGUACGAAAACGCUGGCACUCUACACGCGAACAACAAACGCCGUCAAGUGUGCAUUUUUCACGAGUGUUUUUCUUUUGUCGGCGUACUUUUCCUUUUUUUGUUUUGUUUCUGUGCAUACAAGCGAGUGGGGUUUCUUGUUGCAAGUGCAAUAGCUGCACAAGUGUGUAGUUUGCUUUUGUUUAAGUUUUGUUUGUUUGUUUGGUUUUAUGUGGUGGCAUGAAACAGUGAUCGUGGAUAAAAAAUAUACGUAAAGCAUAAAAGCACUGUGUGAUAAAUAAUUGAAUCAUUCAAAAGGAAGAAAAGUGAUAAAAACGAGUGACAAAAAUACAAAAUAAACAUCAAAAAUAGAAGCAAACUGAUGUAAAGGCAAGAAAAGUGAUAAAACAGUGAACCAAAACAGAUAAAGAAGAAACAAAGCAUUAAGACAUCGUAACCUGAGUGACAAAAGUGAAGAGUAAGAAAAAAGAAACAAAAACCAAUCAGUGCAGUUUCAUUUUAAGAAGAAAAAAAAACAAGUGAAUGUGAACAGGUUGAGUUUGCAAAUGAACAAAGCACAAACUAAAACCGAGCCACCAAACACAAACCCAAAGCAACAAAAACAGUGCAAGUAAACCGCUGGAAUACUACUGUACUGCCGCACCCCACAACAGGGAAGCGUGUUAAUUGCUCUGUCCAGGCAGGAAGGCAUCCUGGGAAUGCAGUAGUGAGUGAUAUCUGUCUUCAUCCAAAAGCCAACGCCUAUCAUCGUCGUUCAUCGUCAAGACCGUCGGGUUGUUUCUCCGCCUAGCAGGAAUAUAACGUCGUCCAGUCGGGGUCGUCCAGCUUGUGCACCUAACAGCUCUCCUGCCCAUUGUCACCCUGACCCAGUCGGUCAGAUUACCUCCCCCGUCUGUCGCUCAACACUGUCUAACCCGUGUGACGCUCAGUGGUACAGCAGCAAAGGAAAAACAAACCACACCCGGCAUGCCAGUCGACACGUAGUGCGCGGCCGGAGUUAUUUGAGUUUUUAUUUAUUUCCACGCCAUCGCGAGCAACCGUAAAAUGACUGCAAAGAAGGAUAAGGACUACAAGAAUCAUAAACACGGCAGUGAGUUAAGCGCAACAGCAAUCUCGUCCAAGCUCGACAGUCACCUAGCCAGCCAAACCGGCACCACCGCACCGGGUCUGAUACACGCGGCGCAGGAUCCACUGAAACGCACCAACAAACCACUGAUGGAGAAGCGACGACGGGCACGCAUCAACCAGAGCCUGGCCAUCCUGAAGGCCCUCAUCCUCGAGUCGACGGUCAAGAGCAAGUCGGGCGAUGGGCAGACGAAACACUCCAAGCUCGAGAAGGCGGACAUCCUGGAGCUCACCGUGCGGCACUUCCAGCGCCACCGCAAUCUCGACAGUCCGGGCAUCGAUAAGUACCGGGCAGGGUAUACGGACUGUGCGAGGGAAGUGGCACGGUAUUUGGCCACGCCGGAACCACCACCACUGCCGAGCGUACCGACGCUGACGGACGCUGGAUCGAAGGCACGGUUGCUGCGCCAUCUGGACAACUGUAUUGCGGAGAUCGAUACGGAGAUUUGUCCGAAGACGGUGGCGACGGGUGCGAAUGGAUUGCCACCGGUUGCCGCUUCGCCAGGUGUGGGACAGGACGGCAAGAUGCUGGUGGAUGGAGUUGGGGCGGGUGGAGCGGCCAUGUACGAUGGGCUGAAAAAACCCAAAGACUUGAUGGUGGAGUACGGUGGUGCGGGUGGUGUCGUACCGCAGGACACGAACCCGCUGGACUUUAGCAAGACGAACCGGGAAAUUGGACGCUCCCCUUACUCGUACCGUGGAUCACCGACCGAUCUUGCACUGCUGGGGCCGAAGUCAACGUCAUUGCUUCAUCAAGACGAAAACAACAAUCGAGGUACGAGCGGUGGCACAAUCGGUGUGCACAGCGCCAAGCCAACCGGGCACCAUCACCCGCAGGCCACGGUUUCGGUUGCCAAUCUGGAGGACAUGAUCCACGGCAGCGAGAUCGCAACAACAUCUGCCGCUGCCAGCAGUCAUUCCGCGGCCGCACUUAACAAAAUGAUGCUCGGCCAUCAUCAGCAGCACGGCAAGCUGUCGAUCGAGAUGGCAAGCCUGAAGAACUGUCGGAUCGAUCCGAGUGCGAUCAAGCACGAACCGGGCACGGCGGCUGCACUGCUUGCCAACGGAUACUCUACCGCAUCAUCAGCCGUCUCUUCCCCGACUCCUUCACCAGCCGGAGGGAUUCUAGAGUCGGAUAAGGACGUUUCAAAUCACUCGGAGCACAGUGCCGUGGUACCACAGCCGGUUCCCGCCGGCUAUCCACCCCAGAGCCAAGUAGCGCUGCUCCUUCCCGACCACUACAUCCAACUAGCGACGGCCCUCGGGCUCGGCAGCACGCCGCCCAUGCUCGAUCACCACUCAGCGGCGGCCGCUGCAGCAGCCGCCGCCGCAGCCGCUUCCCUCUCCAGCACCGACUUCGAAACGCUGAUCGAGCAGAACCGGCGACAGGCGGCCGUGCUGGCACACGAAAAGAUGACCGCCGAAAUGCUGGGCAGCCUGCACGCCCUGCCCGACAACGUGGACGAAGGCUACUGGGAGCUGUACAAGAAGUCGCUCGGCAUACCGGACUCGAUCAGCAAGCUCAGCCUCACCGAUGUGCGCGCGCUGAUGGCGAAAGGGAUGCCGCCGAAGGUCGAGUGUGGACCGUCGUCGUCCUCGGUCACGCCAGUCCCAACCGUGCCACCCGUCACCAAGAUGGAGAUCGAUGAUCAGCAGCAGCAGCAACCGCAUCAUCAUCACCAUCACCAGCAACACCACCACCAGCAGCAACAUCAUGCGGUGCAUCAUACGGCCGGUUCGGUCAAAAGUGAACCACCGUCCAGCGGUUCACCGGGGCUGACGAGCGAACCGGACGUAGCGGACGGCCGGGCCAGCGCCAAUGGCAGCCGAAGCCCGCACAGCGUCAAGAAGGAAACGUCCUCGGACGGUGAUGUACCGAUGCCGGCCGCCCGGCCGGAUCCGUCGCACACGCCGUAUCUGGAGGAGCGGCGCAGCUUAAGCCCACGAUCGGUCGAGGAUCGAAGAUCGCCGACGAGCAGCAAUGCGAGCGGCGGUAGCAGCGAACGGUGCAACAGCACGAGCACGGUGGACGGGCUGCAUGCACCCACGUGGCGUCCGUGGUAGGAUGUGUAGAUUGCUGUGGCCCAACGAGCUGAAUGCACUGUGUAAAUAGUUCCCCUUUCAAAUGUGCAAUACUACAAUUAAACUCCGCUAGUAGAUGUGGAUGUAGUUGUCUGUCUCCGUGUGCGUGUGUGUGUGUGUGCAUGGCUUUGAGGGUUUUAGGUUUUAAUCGUUGAACAGGAUUUGCCUAUGCAAGUAAGUAAGGACACAGUCAUCUCGCGCACUAGGCGGGAGAGAGAAAGAUCUCAAGAACAAAAGUAAAGACACCUGUGUUAAUCGUUCAAUGUGUUGAAGGGCAUUCCAGUAGUUUUAGUGCGGAAGGGUAUAGAAUCAAACCAAAGCGUGUGUUAGGGCUGUACUGUAGAACCUUCUCUUCUAUAAGCUUUACGUGUGUUUCAAGCAUCUCAAGCAAAAAG